AGCCCACAACUUUGGACUUGGAACUUAACAACCAUGUCGUCUCAAGCAAAUUGGAACUCAGUCACUGGCAUUGCCACACUGCUGUUUGAUGGCAACCUUGUUGCCAUUGCUAUCGCCGUCCUCGUCACCUUUGGUGUACCGAUCGCACUGCACAUCUUCUUCUUCCAGGCCGUAGCGUCUCCGCCAUCGAGUAAUUUCCUACUCCUGGGCCCCAGUGGAGCUGGCAAAACUGCGUUUACGACCUUGCUCGAGGCCAAAUCCUCACUCGCUUCGAACAAGUCGCACAGCACCCACACCUCCCAACAAUCAACCCUAGUAACCGUGACCUUACCACCGACUGUCCCAACAGGAUCUAAUCGCUACCGAUCGGUGAACGAUCCCUCCUUGAAGGAAGCCACCCGGAAUCCAAUCAAGAUACCCCCUGGCCAUGGCAAGCUCCGCGCCUCGCAAGGGAUCGCCGAGCUCCAAGCCAUGUCCCAGUCAAAGGAUAUCAAGACAAGACUACGUGGCGUGGUGUUUAUGGUAGACACCGCUGCUCUAGUUGAUGAAGCGACGCUCCGUGACACCGCAACCUAUCUGCACGACGUCCUUCUCUUUCUCCAGAAGCGUGCAAAGAAUGGGUCAUCGAGCAAGCGGACCACUGAUAUUCCUGUCUUAAUCGCCGCAAACAAGCAAGAUCUCUUCACUGCACUACCACCGGGUGCGGUGAAAGAGAAGCUGGAAGCGGAGAUUGAUCGCAUCCGCAAGUCAAAGACCAAGGGUCUUCUGGAUGCAAGCGCAGAUACUGAGUUGGAAGCCGAAGAAGAAAUCUUGGGUAAUGAUGAACAAGAGACUUUCAGCUUCAAGCUCCUGGAGCACGAGGUCGGUGUCAAGGUUGAUGUGGUUGGUGGUGCUGUCAAGGGUGACUUGCAGGAAGAGUUUGGAUCUGGAGUGCGCCGCUGGGAGGAGUGGAUUGGUAUGUGCUUGUGA